GAUGUAGCUGUUGAUUCCAUUCCAUUGUGGCAUCUAACGCUCCCUGGGCGCCGACACAGCGACAACUACUGGAUCACAACAUUUCCCAAAAAGCUUCGGGGUCUGGUACAUCGCCUACCAGGAACCCGCGAAAGAGUAAUUGGGUGGGGCAUAUGGAUCAACGAACGCUUCAAUUGGCACCUGGUUUUCUCUCUUCUUUUUGUAAUCACGGUGAUUAUCUGGGCAAUUGUGGCCAUUUAUCUUGCAUGCAAGGCUGAUGACUCUUCUGGUUUUGGUUUCGGGACUUUGCUCGCAGCACUUGUUGCGAUUUAUAUGCCUCUUCAGUAUUUUACUUAG